AUGGACAGCAGAAAUUUGUGCUGGAACAGUGGAAAACACCAAUUUUUGCAGGAAACUUUGGGAGAUGUUUACUAUAGUCUGCCAGAAAUUGGGACAAAACUGGACAAACAAGAUGAGUUUGGUGUUUUGGACAGUGUGAAAGCUGCUAGUGAGCUCUCUUUCCCUCUAUCAGGAGAAGUAACUGAAAUGAAUGCAGCUCUUGCAGAAAAUCCAAGACUCGUCAACAAAUCUUGUUAUGAAGAUGGUUGGGUGACACAUAGUGACCCUUCAGAACUAGGUGAACUAAUAGGUAAGGAAGCACAUGAGUAA